AAUCCCCUCCCAACUAGCGAGAAACUGACGAAAUUUCUAGGGCAAGAUUUCUUCUGAUCUGAAACUCGGUCGCCCAAUUUCUCAAACGAAGCAAAUCGAUGGCGCCUCCACCUGGACCUUACUCCGGCACCAGCACUCUCGCUCUUGUGGCUCGUGCAUCUGCUUUCUCUUUUGGACUCGUUUAUGGCAGCAUUAAGCUCAAGUACCUCAAGGCUAAGGCAAAGUCUCAAAGGAAAGAUGAAGCAAAGGCUCACCACUGAUGCAGGGGUGAUUUUGUUGGUAGCUGGUUUGCUCGAGUGAACCGAGCUUGGUGUAGGAAUAAAGCAUAUCAAUGGUAAUGUUUUCAUGGACCGUGACAUUCUUAUCUCCCUUGGAAGUAUUAAUUUCUGGUCGGCGUCGACACCUUGCAUGUCUGGUGAUUUUGUUAAUGGGCAACAUGUUUGAUGAUUAUUUGCUGAUUAGCUCAUUGUAAUAAUGCUGUCACUUUUUGGUUCC